AUGGCUGGAGACCAAUUGGUAUUACCCUUGUAUUUCGAAAACUUGUCGCUGGCUCUGGGCGGCGUGGAAGGGAACGAGGUGAAUGAAAAAGUUGCUGAAACCCAAAGGUUAGAAGCUCCUCGUGUCACAAUCACAAUCGGUUGCUGGAAGUGCCUCAAGAUCGUAUGGAGACAUCUAUGUUUGCUGAUAUUUUGGCCCUGGACUUCGUUUGAUACCACCAUCACCCUAUGCUUCACAACAUGUAUCAUUGUUCCUCCCAUGAUGUUUUUCUUGAAUGCCUUCUUGAUGAGAUUCCCCUUAUUGGCCAACAUCUUCUACUUGGUGGCUUCUGGCGGUUUUCUUAUUGUAUGCACCGGUGUCUGGAUAAAGACUGGCUUCUGUAUCUCCAAUUUGAUUACACGAGACGGGUUUGGGCGCACGGGGAGAAAUGAAUUUGAAGAGGUUCAAACACGUUUUGGGAAUAUUGGAGGAGAUUUUUAUUUCCAAUUAUCUUUCUUUGCGUCUGCUCUGAUCUACUUUUGGAACACCAUCUUGAUAUCAUAUGUCUAUGGCUGA